AUGUCCCAAGUUAACAAUUUGAAGAUGCUUAGAAUUUUGGUUGUUGAAAACUCCAAUAUGGCCUCCCAAAGCUUUUAUUCAAGAUCACUCAUGCAAUUCAUAGGCAAUCUUAUCCACUUGAGAUGCUUGAGUUUGAGAGGUUGUACUGAUUUGACCUUACCAUAUUCCUUGGGCAAUCUAAAGUACGUAGAAACCCUUGAUUUAAGUGAUAGUGAAUGUUCAACAAUCCCUGAUGUGCUGUGGAAGUUGGGACGUUUAAUGCAUCUCUACCUUCCCUACUGUCACUCCAACCGUAAGCUACAGUUAGAUGGGUUGGGCAUGUCCCUGGAGAUACUUGGAUCAUUUCACAGCAGAUUCUGCCUCCCUAGAGAUUUAUCCAAACUGACCAAUAUUCUUAGAGCCUUGAAAGCUAUUGUCCAUGAGAAUCUUGAAGACCUGGAGCAAUUCAUCAACCAUUUAUCAAACUUGAACCACCUCCGCGUCAGCUCACUUACCAUCAAGGUUCAUGAUUUUGGGAUCAACUCCAACAGGCAGAAAGAUGGAUUAAAAUCUUUGACUAUCCUAAAAGAAUUAAAACUUCUCACCAUGCCCAGAGAAUUCAUAAACAGAGUUGAAGUGGUGAAUGGUGAACAAGGACCAGAUUAUGAUAAAAUAAGUCAUGUGGCUUCAGAUGAAAUCCGCUGA